UCGUCAUUUAGAGAGCGUGAGCUCUGCCUGACACUCAGUAGUCUUUCCAUCUUUGACCACAAAAUUUUUAUUAAUUCAGAAUUAAAAACAGUUCAUAUCCUAUUGAAACUCCUCUGUGAUAUUUUGAUCUCUUUAUUCAAAAAUGGAAUUCCUGAAUCGUAAAGUCAAAUCCACUGGUCAGUUUGACAAAUGUCAGUUGAAUGGCGUGGGUGACCUGUCCAGGAUUAAAUCGAGCGAGACCGCAAUGAGUCCAGCGCCCCCCGCGCCGCGAAACAAAAGUGGCGCGCCGUUCGCUUCCUCCAAACAGUCGCUCACUGUCAGUGGACUAACGUGUACGUACGAUAUGGAACGCGAUCGCAUCGGUGUUUGGGGCUCCGGGGAUGGCCAGUCUAACAGCAAACUAUCCGGGCUGGAUCGCCUGAAGCAUCCCGGACUCAACAAGGGUAUGGCGUUCACAAUUGAGGAGCGCCAGGCGAUGGGCAUCCACGGGCUGCUGCCCCCGAGGGUAAAGAGCCAGGACGAACAGGUGCAGCUGUGCAAACUGUCCAUCGAGCGUUACGAGGACCCACUCAACAAGUACAUCUACCUAAUGGGGCUGCUUGACCGCAAUGAACACUUAUUCUACCGCUUUGUUGGAGAGAACGUAGCCGACAUGAUGCCUAUAGUGUACACCCCGACCGUCGGGCUGGCCUGCCAGAAGUAUGGCCUGGUGUACCGACGCCCGCGCGGCCUUUUCAUUACUAUUAACGACAAGGGACACGUUUAUGAUAUCCUCAAAAACUGGCCGGAGUCAGACGUGCGAGCGAUUGUGGUGACCGAUGGUGAACGUAUCCUGGGACUGGGUGACCUUGGCGCGUGCGGUAUGGGCAUCCCCGUUGGCAAGCUUGCAUUGUACACCGCGCUGGCGGGCAUCAAGCCGCAUCAGUGCUUGCCCAUCACACUCGACGUGGGUACCAACAGUCAGACGAUGCUGGACGAUCCGUUGUACAUCGGUCUGCGCCAACGGCGAGUUCGCGGCGAGGCCUACGACGAGUUCAUCGAUGAAUUCAUGCAAGCCGUCGUGCGUCGCUUCGGACAGAACUGCCUCAUACAGUUCGAGGACUUCGCUAACGCGAACGCUUUCCGACUACUGGAAAAGUACCGUGGCAAGUACUGCACCUUCAACGAUGAUAUCCAGGGAACGGCUUCAGUCGCAGUGUCCGGUCUACUGGCCAGUCUGCGUGUCACCGGCAAGAAGCUGUCUGACAACGUCAUCGUUUUCCAGGGUGCUGGAGAGGCAUCUUUAGGUAUCGCGGAACUCUGCGUGAUGGCUAUGAAGGCGGAGGGUACGCCGGAGGCGGACGCCCGCGCGCGCAUCUGGAUGGUGGACUCCAAGGGACUGAUCGUCAAGAACAGACCUGAAGGUGGACUGAACGAACAUAAAGAAAAGUUCGCUAAGGACUGUCCUCCCAUCCGCACGCUAGCCGAAGUUGUGAAUAUCGCUAAGCCUUCAGUACUCAUUGGUGCUGCAGCUAUCGGCGGUGCGUUCACACCAGAAAUCCUCCGUGCUAUGGGUGACAACAACGAGCGACCCGUCAUCUUUGCGCUGUCCAACCCCACCAGCAAGGCUGAGUGCACGGCUGAAGAAGCCUACUCGAACACUGAUGAACGCGCUAUCUUCGCUUCCGGUUCUCCAUUCCCUGACUACCGCACAAAGGACGGCCGUGUACUGCGACCCGGACAGGGCAACAACGCGUACAUUUUCCCCGGACUCGCGCUCGGCAUUCUAUGUGCCGGACUUGUGGACAUUACCGAGGACUUCAUGCUGCUCGCUGCGGAAGCUCUCGCUGAAGUUGUAUCGCAAGAAAAUCUGGACCAAGGAAGUCUGUACCCGCCCCUCGAAGACAUUCAAGAAUGUUCAAUCAAAAUCGCCAAGAAAGUCAUAGAACAUGCAUACAAAACCGGUAAGGCAUCAGUCCAACCUCAGCCAAUCGACACGGAGGCAUUCAUCCGCGCUCAGAUGUACAACUCUGUCUACUCACCCGCUCUGCCGCCAGUCUACUCGUGGCCUCACGAGGAUCACAAUGGCCCUAGAGUACAAGCCAUGUAGACUACCUACCAGCCAAAGAGUAUACUAAACUUAUAGCGCGCCUAUCGUCUUAUGUUACCCUGGUAUUAGUAAUCUAAUACAUGGAAUAUUCUAAGCUACCAUAAUUUUUUAUAUUCAGGACAAGAAAUAUUUAUAUACCUAUAUAAGGCCUACACGGGGUUUACUUAUAACUUAUCCGUAAAAUAAAAAUCGUUUUAUUCUGGAUAUCAAAAUGUAUAUGAAUAUAAUAAUAGGUUCUUGUAUUAUGUAUAUUUUGACGUUGAGACAUUACAAAUGGAAUACCUAAUUUAAAGAUACUUAUUCAAUUUAAGGAGGAUAUAUCCUUGGUUAUUAUGUUAUGGGAUGCUUAGUACUUGUUGCUGUUACUCGAAUAAUAAUUUUAUAUUAACCCAACAAUUAGAUAAGUUUGAAGUUUUCAAGAUUUGUGUUUCAACUAGUCACAAGAGUGACCAAAAUACACAAAUUUUUGAGCAAUAGCGGCGAUUUAUUUAAAAUUAAAGAAAGGAUAUAACACUUAAAAAUGUUACUUAAUUCAAUGCCUAAUUAAAUGUUACCAAUGCUUAAAACAGAACAGGUGGGUAAUUUCUAGAUGUCUAAGCUGAUUGCAAAUUACUAGGCGAGCCGUAACCGAUGAACCGGAUUUUCAUUGCUAUUCUGAUGACUUCACCAGCAAUCUUUUUAGAAAUCGAAUUAAAAAUAAUUUUGCCGCGUGUGUGAAAUGCUCGGCUGAAAUGCGAAAAGCAUUAAUCUUAGGAGUUUAAAAAAGUUUUGGCACUUCUGCCAAACUGUGACGUGAAAUCUAUUUUCAUUGUGAUAUGAUGACGUGAUAUAUUUUUACCUAAGUAUUUAUUCAAAUGUUUUAAAUUAAUUUGAAACAAAAAUAAAUUUAUUGCACGUCAACAGAAUAUAAAGAAAUACUGCGACGUGUACGUAGGUUUACAUUGUGUAAGUGUGAUGAAAAUUAUAAGGAAACCCAAGAGAUCAAUAAUUUGUAACUGACUAGGCUAUUCGACCUUGCCUAUUUCCUAAAGAUGACAACAGUGAACAUUCCAAUUUUUCAAAGAUGAAA